AUGGCUCACAAUAAUCUCAGCUCAGUAGCAGAGUUCAUGCUCAUGGGCUUUACUGACCACCCCAACCUGGAGAUUCCCCUCUUCCUGGUGUUUCUCAGUUUCUACCUCAUCACACUUCUGGGGAACAUGGGGAUGGUUAUUCUCAUCCGAGUGGACGCCCAGCUCCACACCCCAAUGUACUUCUUCCUGAGCCACCUUGCCCUGCUGGAUGCCUGCUACACCUCGGUCAUCACCCCUCAGAUCCUGGCCACACUGGCCUCAGGCAAAACGGUCAUCUCCUAUGCCCGGUGUGCUGCCCAGUUCUUCUUCUUCACCGUCUGUGCAGCUACAGAGUGCUUCCUGCUGGCCGUGAUGGCCUAUGACCGCUAUGUCGCUAUUAGCAACCCGCUGCUCUAUACUGUGGCCAUGAAGCCCAGAAUCUGCUGGAGUUUGGUGGUGGGCGCCUACGUCUGUGGGGUGUCAGGGUCCAUCCUGCGCACCACAUGCACCUUCUCCCUCUCCUUCUGUGAGGAUAAUCACAUCAACUUCUUUUUCUGUGACCUC